AUGACCAAGAUCCUCAUUUCGGAGAAAAUUGCUUUAGCGCUGGUGGCACUGCCGCCUGUUGUUCCGACCGCUUGCAAGGUUCCGCACGUUGUCUUUGGAAUGCAUCCGAGAGCCACUUCGCAGCAUUGGAAUGAACUGGCUGGCAGUAGCAGGCCGCGUCCCUGA